AGCACUUUUUCCCAGGUAAAUUGUGUUCUGUACAGUACACACUAGAUGCCUAUAUAGAGUUGAGCUCAUUGAGAGAUUAUCAAAGAGCUCCAUCCGGACAGAUACGUGUUUAACAAAGCUGCAGGCCAGCAAAAUGGACAAGAAAGUCUGUUUACUUCUUCUGUACAUUUCUUCGGCAGCCAUUGUUUUCUCUGGCACUGAGGCUGCCAGGGGAAUUGGAGCAACAUCUCACAAUCACCAGGGAGAAGACAAGUUUGCAUCAACUCCCAAAGGUGCUAAGCUGACAACUGGCUUCAAAGUAAAAAACGUGAAGCUAGGGGUAUCCAUUGAUCCAACAUCUGCCAAGUGGUGUAAUGAACCUGCUUCACCAUCUUUCUCACCUCCAUACUCUUCUGCAACCCCCAUUACCAUACCCUCCCCUCCACAAGCUAACCCUCCCUUAUAUGUUACACCACCUUCCCCACCCAUUUCUACUCCUCCAGUGACAUCUGAGCCUCCAUGCCAUGAAACAUCUCCUCCAUGCCAGGAUAUGUCUCCUCCUGUACAAAGCAAUUCUCCUCCUCUUCCAAUCACACCAGUCCUGCCAUCACCCAUACUUCCUUCUCCAUCUCCAAUCAUAUCAUCACCUAUUCCCUACACCCCUACCACUCCACCUCUUUCUUCACCCGUUAUCACAUACCCAUCCCCAAGCACACCCAGUAUAACAUACCCACCUUCAAUCACCCCCAUUAUACAAUACCCACCUCCCACCACACCCAGUGUAACAAACCCACCUUCAACCUCACCCAUUAUACAAUACCCACCUCCCAUUCCUUAUAAUUCUCCUCCUAGCCCUACAAUCAUACCAAUCAUAUUACCACCCCCUCCUCCCAGCCCUACAAUCACACCAAUCAUAUUACCACCCCCUCCUCCCCUAGAAAACCCACCUCCUACAUCAUCUCCUACCAUACCCAUAUCUCCCUCUCCCUCUACUACACCAUCUUCUCCUCCAAUUUUUCCUACAUAUCCUCCUCCCUAUGCCUAUGUAACACCCUCUAUCCCAUCUCCUGCUACAACACUUCCACCUCCAACCAUAGGCUCUCCUCCUCCAACAUCUACUACUCCAAGCACACCUCCAACCCUAGGCUCUCCUCCUCCUCCUUAUACUCCCUCCACACCACCAGGCCAAGGUCUGUGGUGUGUAGCCAAGCCCACAAUAGCAGCGUCUGUAAUUGAGCAGGCCAUGAACUAUGCCUGUGGGGCUGGUGCUGACUGCCAGGCCAUUCAGCCCAAUGGUGCCUGUUACCUCCCUGACACAGUUAUUGCUCAUGCUUCCUAUGCUUUCAACAGCUAUUUUCAAGCAACCAAGGGUUCUGGUGGUUAUUGUGACUUUGGAGGUACAGCAAUGAUAGUCACUGUGGACCCAAGCUAUGAUGGCUGCCAUUUUCUCUACAGCUAUGAUUGACAUUGGGAAAUGGAGUUCCAGUCCAUGAUGUUGAAGCAGCAAAGCAUGAUAUUUUUUUUAAAGUUAUUGUAUGAGCCAAAUUUAUGGUAUAGAGGCUGAGAUUUUGCGUGAAAAUUCCCAUAUGAAUUUGUUGAAGAUUUAUUCUAUAUUAUCAAUAAAGAGUCAAAUCAAAAUC